AUAUUUGAAAUAACUGCGAGGAAAGUUUUCCGCCGGUUUUUUUUUAAUCAUUACGGUGUCGUUGAGCGGGAAGAAUUUAAAUUGAUUUUGGGAGUCGACGUUAUACAUAAAUUCGAGAUCGAAAGUGCACAAGAGAGUAAGAGGGAGCUUUCUCGAAAAUUGGCAAAUUUCACCAAGUCACUAGACUACUUAAUAUUCUAGUGACAUUUAUGAAGUGUAUGCGAUAUAUUUUUUUGCGAAUAACAAGGCCCCUAGUCGCCCGACGAGGGAACAUUUUCUCUCCCGUGUGACUUUCCUGAAAGUAAGUGGCGCGGAGACAAUCGACGCGAUCGCGAAGGACGAUCGACGAAAAGUCCUGGGCGCGACCCGCGCUCGCGGCACGUGCUGUGCGAGCGAUCGCUCUCGCGUCUCGCGGUCGGUAAAUGCUAGGUGAAAGGUGGGAGGAAGCGAAAGACUAGAGAAAGUAGGAGGUACGCGUGGUUUAGCCCCCUUUAAUAGGGUGGGCGUCCGCGGGAGCGUUCCCGCGUACGCCCCUGUCGAACGACGCCCCGGCGAGCUGCCGGGCGGUCCGAUUGGCCGGCGGCGGCGGCGAGCAGUCGCGCGUACAACUGCCGACCAAUCGGCGAGCUCGUGCCAUCGCGGCGAGCGUGACGGCGACGUUGCCAUCCCGUGCACCGCCCAUUGGCCCCGCGACUGUGAAUACGUGCGUUUGUGGCUCUCCGCUUGGUCCUAGCCCCCGUUAGGGCGAUAUUUGUUGGUAUUCGUUUCUCGUGCGGUUUCCACGAGCGCGGAUAGAGACGAUUAAACGGGCCGCGGUGGGCGUGUGUCACGCUUGCACGUGCUUUGCCGCCGUGGACACGUUCGACAAGUCGCGUGUGCGGAACGGGUCCCGCUCCGCUCUCACGGUAGCACACAUCUCUUCCGCCGUAGUCCUCCGCGUACUCGGCGACGCGACGGUGGCGGCGGCGGCGGCGUCGGCGUCGGCGGUGGUGGUGCUGUCCGUCGGGACACUGGAUCACUGGCGAUCGUCCCGCGCGGGCUCCCGCUCCGACGCACCCCGAUAACGUUCCGCGGACCGCGGGACGCAACGCGUAGCGUCGCUACAUUACCGCGCGGAGCAACGGCGUCGCGUGGCACGUGUGCGGAUGUGUGUGUGCGUGCGCGCGCGCGAUAACUCGCCGCAGUUACGCGGUAAUGCAGACGCGAGGAUGAGGGGAGGACAGCCACUCGCCGCAUCGGUGGUGUAACUUGCCCUUACGAGACGUCGGGGCUUAUUGUUAGAGCCACAGCCGGAUCGCGCCCGAUCAGGAAUCGCGAGGUCAUUUCUGUAAAAGAGAGACGGAAGAGGAGGGUGACGGGCUUCCCUGGAGGAUGCCGCUGCGAUUGCCCGCACCGUCGUCGCGCACGACGAUACGUGGGUGGAACUGCACUCUCCGAGUCGACCUCCCUUUGUAAGCGCGGCGUCGGGGGCGUCCGACGCAUGUUUUCGCGUACUCGCAUAACCUACGGAAGGUAUCGGGGGCCAGCGACGGGAGGAACGCGUCGGCGUUGACGAAUAGCAACGGUGAUGUCGGUGUGGUGACGCUGGGCACCUGGCGUCGGACUGUGGAGUGUGGCGUUUAGCGUUGGCAGCGACUGCCAUUUUUUGGGACAAUUCCUUGCGACUUCAGUAAAAUUGUCAACAUGGUUAUACUUGUUUCGUCAUGGAUUCCUGGCAUACUCGGCACGAAAUUGUGUUAAAUCCAUUGUUAUAAGUUGCGCCGUGCAAAACGGAAUUAUUCAUCAUGAAACGUAGUAUAGAUGGAAGAAAUCUUUCGCAGGAAGAAAUCGAAGAGCACGAUCCUCUGCAAACUCAGCAGCAGCAACAGGAUGAAACGGAUCAGCAGCAGCUAGAGCAACAGCAGCAAACUGCCCAGCCGCAGAUUCGUUUUCUAAGCGCCAAUGUGCUGCAGCAGCUGCAGCAGCAGCAAGAUGUCCAGCAGGCUCAGCAGCAGCAGCAACCGCAAGUUAUCACCCUGCAAAACUUUGUGCCUUUACAAACUCAACAGCCGCAACAUGAUCAACAGAGAGCACAAGCGAUCUCUGUCCAAUCGCUACCUCAUCAAUUCCUGCAAGGUGCUCAGAUUAUCAGCAGUGCUCAGGCGCAAGCGGCUCUUCAGCAGCAGCAGCAACAGCAGCAGCAGCAGCAACAGAGCCAGCAACAAUCGCAGCAGCAGCAGCAGCAGGCCCAGCAGCAGCAAACGCAACAGCAGCAGCAACAGCAGCAGUUGAGCUACAGCGUAAUUCCGCAAAUGCAGACUGUUAGUAUAGAUGGCCAGGAAGCUCUGUUCAUUCCAUCCUCUGCAAUGUCGGCUGCGAGCGGCCAUCACCAGGCGCAGCCAACAAUGCAAUUUACUACCGCAAAUGGUCAACAAAUGCAACUCGCCGGCCAGCAGGUUCAACUAGCGAAUGGCCAAACUAUUAUCACGCCACAGCCAGUUAGUCUCAUAAGAGCACCAAGUGUCUUUCCCACUUCGAUUAUACAAAAUAUUACGGGGCAGACGGUUCAAUUGCCAACAGGACAAAGUGUACAAGUAAGACCGCUUCAAUUUCCUAUGCAACAUGUUCAGCAAGCGCUACCUGUACAAUUGCCAGUCAACACCAAUGGGCAAACUGUUUAUCAAACUUUACAUCUUCCUGUCCAAUCCUUGUCCAAUGUUUUCAAUAUGCCCGCGACGCAAAUGAUACCUCAAAUUAUGCAACAAAUACCUCAAGUGGCACAAAUAAUCACACCGAGCGGUCAGAUCCAGCAAGUGCAGAUUGCUAGUUUACCGCAGUUACAAAAUCUUCAGAGCCAACAAGUUACGCAGGUUGCCCAUCAACAAGCGCAACAACAAACUCAACAGCAGGUCGUACAAUCUGUGCAACAGCAACAACAAGUUGCCCAAGCUCAAGUACAACAGCAGCAACAAGUGCAACAAGUGGUGCAGCAGGUGAUACAACAACAGCAGCCGCCACCGUCUCAGCAGCAGCAGUCGUCGCAACAGCAGCAGCAACAGCAGCAGUUGCAACAGUCCUCCACUCCAUCGUCGACAGUAGCGACAUGGAGCACAACAGUUGCAUCUCCUAGCAAUGUUCAAGUACUUGGCAUAGGUGCACUAGGAAGAAACUUGACGGGAGGUACUAAUGUUAUUACCACAAAGGAUGGCCAGAAGAUUGACGUGCAAACAUUAUCUACUUUAACAAGGCCGCCCGAAACGGUAGAAGGUGACAUCAAAGUAACUAAUAUCGAUGCCAGUCAAUUAACUAGUGGACAAGUGAUACAUAUCCCUGCUACACAAUCGGCCCAGCCUACAGUGCAACCGAUUACUAUCACAGGAGCGCAAGGGCAACAGUUAACGCUCAUACCUGCGUCCGCGUUAGCAAAUUUAACCGCGCAGCAAGGUAACAUGAUGAGGAACGUGGGCAACGGAAAUAUAAUGCAGAUUCAGCCAGCCACUGGAAUGAACACGACCAACGGCUUCAUACAAUCGAUACCUGUGCAAAAUAUCCCAGGCCUAGGCAAUAUACAAGUAAUACCAGCGAGUGCACUACAGCCGGCUACUGUCCAAACGCUUCCGGCUACGGCGGCCACGCCCAUCGUCACGACUACUCCAACUGUGCAACUAGACUCGAAUGAUCCCACCAAAUGGCAGAUUCUCCAAACUCUACAAUCACACGGAACUUUGACAACGUCUGCUGCACCUGUGUCCCAUCAACAGCAAAUAUCAAACACGACCAGUACAGUCUCCAAUAAUGACACUAAUGAUCCCAAUAAGCAGCACCGCAGAAGAGUCGCAUGUACAUGUCCCAAUUGCGGCGACGGAGACAGAAAUAGAGAUAUAACCAGGAAACGACAGCACGUAUGUCACAUUGCCGGAUGCAAUAAAGUAUAUGGGAAAACGAGCCAUUUGCGUGCCCAUUUACGCUGGCACACUGGCGAACGACCUUUUAUUUGCACUUGGAUAUUUUGCGGUAAAAAGUUCACCAGAUCCGACGAGCUUCAAAGGCACCGCAGAACCCACACAGGUGAAAAGCGUUUCCAAUGUCCGGAAUGUACAAAGAAAUUUAUGCGAUCGGACCACCUAACGAAACACAUCAAAACACAUACGAAGAUACGAAGCACGGAAGCUGCCACAUCAACGCAGGAAGGCUCGUCGGACAGCCAGUCUUCCACUGAGCAAAAAAUCAUUAUAGCUCUGCACAAGGAAACGGAGCAGGCCGAUAUCGUCAUAUCAGAACCAAUCGAUUCCAUGAAAACUGAAUCAUCGAAUCACGUAACAAACGAGUAAACGUUUGUCAAGUAAAAGCGAUUAGCCAAUCAAGUUUCAAUAUCACAAUAUGAGUUUUAUUAUGAACCAUUGCAGUAUCGCAUUUUUUUUUUAGAAGAAAAAGAGCGAACAAAAUCACUCUGCAUAUGCAAUUUCGAUUGUAAUAGUUACAAAUUUAUCUUAGUACAGUGAAGAAUGUAAAUUAAAAAAGUUGACGCUGUUAUAAUACGAUAAAGUAUAGUAAGUUGAAUAAGCAUAAGUUGUAUUUUAAUUAGUGCUACAUUGGUCGUCGGGCGAAUCGUCGACCUGUGUUUUAUACAAAAAUAGUGUAAUAGUGAGUUUACAGCAUACAGCCACAAUGCAUAACAUAUAAUCUAUUUUUUUAUUGCGGUUACGUGUGUAUAUUUAUGUAUAUAAUGUAAAUCAAUGUAUACAAUUUUACACGAGAAAGUUUUACACUUGUAAACAUCUUUUGAUAUUGUAAUAGUCAAGAGAUAUUUUAGCUUCCCUUUCAACUUAUCCAGUUAUUUUAAACCAGACAGCUUCAUCAUAUACGCACGCGAAUAUAUACAUACAUGUUUUACCUUAGGAGACUUUUAAAUCCUGAAUUUUAAACAAUUCACAUCGUGUACAUAGAUCAAAAAAUCAAUGUGGCCAUUUAGUGAAUUUGCCUGACCUGCAAUAAAUAUAAUAAUGUGGACAUUGAAGACGAAAAAAACAAAAAAAAACGUAAACGUAAAAUUUGGACGACACAGUACACGAUACCUAGUUAAUGGUGAGACGUACGAAAUUUAAGAUAUUUGAGAAUGUUGUAUCAUUACAAACAUGCGAUUAGAAACUAAGUUUUGUAAUUGAUUAUCAUCCCAUUAUGUCUCAGGCUUCGUACUCUACCAUCGAAAUGUAUUGGUUUUAUACUUCGCACUGUUAUAUUACAUUUUUAUUCACCUUUACCAAUACAAAACAGGCUAACCGUGGAUCUAUCGAAGAAAAAUGGGAAUAUAAUUAUAUUUUCGCAUAAUCGCAUUUGCUGUUUUACCGAUAUGACAUACUAAUAAAAAAGUGUUGGAU